UUCAUCUGUCAGUGUCAACCAGUUGUCAAUAAGUCGUGCUUCGCGUCAGGCGUUUGUUCAAUGUGCUCCGCUUGCGAACCGCUUAUAAUAAAAUAAAAUAAUUGUUAGUUAUGAAAUGAACAUUUUAAAAACUGAUGUGACAUGCGUUCAACGUGAGAAGAUUUCUAAUUUGAACUUUGGGAACGAUUACUUAAUGUUAUUGGGCAUUAUUGAAAAGUGAAAAAUAGGAAAAUGAGUGACAACGUGAAUUUCAAAGAUAUUUUGGAGCCGCGGAGGACCGAGAGUGGGAUAUUCAGGUUCAUGUCGCGAGCGUGGUACCCUCAGAGGACGCUGGUGAGGGACCGGUACCUCAGCCCGCAGGAUCUGAAGGAUGCCGCCGCUAAUUCGAUCUUCUUGGAAACCGUAAUUGAAGCGGAGAGCCUCCGAAUGGGCAUUCCGAAAGCGAAGUUAAAAGAAGAAGUAGAACAAUACCUAGAAGAGAUGGGCCUGGAAAGGAAGCUGCACGUGAUCCGAUGGAUGGGGAUUGUCUUCCUCAAGAUCGCUUUCAUGAUGAAGAUUGGGAUCUAUGUCAAUGAACCUUCAGUGUUAAAGCUCAAAGCGGUGAUGGGAUCAAACCCAGUCCUCUUUCUGCCGACUCACCGCAGCUACGCAGACUUCUGUGUGAUGCAGUACCUCUGCUACCACUACGAUAUAGAGCUCCCGGCUGUUGCUGCAGGAAUGGAUUUCUACUCCAUGGCGGUGGUGGGUCGGCGCAUGCGCGAGACGUGCGCAUUCUACAUUCGACGUACACUGGCCGGAGCUCCGCUAUACGCCGCCACGCUCAAGCAAUACGUGCGGACGCUGGUGGCAAAACACUGCUCACCUAUUGAGUUCUUCCUCGAAGGAACGAGAAGUAGAAGUAACAAAAGUCUACCACCAAAGUAUGGUAUGCUCUCAAUGAGCCUGGUGCCGUGGUUCGCCCGCGAAGUGAGCGACAUCACCAUAAUCCCCGUGAACAUCAGCUACGACCGUCUUAUGGAGCACGGGCUCUUCGCUUACGAGCACCUCGGCGUGCCCAAACCGAAGGAGUCCACCGGGGGUCUGCUGAAGGUCCUCCACCGCCUAAACGACCACUUCGGCAACAUGUACAUCAACCUCGGCGCCCCCCUCUCCGUGCGCGAGUACCUCAACGCGCCCACCGAAAGCUCCGAGCGCCUCAAACCCGUAGACCUUCAGCAACUCACACCAUCGCAGUUCGAAAACGUACAAGAUCUUGCGAACUACGUUAUAACAUUACAGCAGAAGAAUACCGUAGUGACAAUUUCGAAUUUGCUAGCUUUAGUUCUCAUGCAAGGUCUAAUGAAAAGUGAAGUUUUGAGUAUCUCAGAAGUGUUAAAAGAAGUGGAGUGGAUGGUAGGAGUGUUAAGGCGGCUAGGGGCGUCGGUGUUUGAGAAUGAUGUGAAGAGGAGCGUGGAGCGGGUGCUGGUGGUGCAUCGGAGCAUGAUGCGGGUGGACCAGCACGACCGGCUCCGGCUGGUGUCCAGUGAGAUCAUGGAGGUGUCGGCGGAUGUGCAGAAGAAGAUGAAAGGUCACAUUAUUAAAGCAGAGACGAUGGUGAACGCCGUGCCCAUAAUCCAGCUACAACUAUACGUGAACCCAGUCCUACACUACCUCGUGCCGCCGGCUGUACUGUGUGUCAUAGUCGCUAGGGAACCAACCAGUAGAGAACAAUUGGUGGCAGACUAUAACGAAAUCAGGACGAUGCUUAGGCACGAAUUCUUCCAUCUCGAAAAGACUGAAGAGGCGACAUUCUCUCAAGCGCUAGAGUACUGCCUGCAGAGUGGAGUACUCGCGACGGCAGACGGGCUCACGUUCACACCGGGCUCGGACGAGAAGCUGUCGUACUUGCUCAAGUGGGCCAUCUGGCCUGCCCUCUCGACACUGCUCAUCUGUGCCGAUGUUAUGACACAGCAAACAAGCUGCACGCACAAGCAAGCGUUAAAGCUCAUCCAAGCAACGGCCGAGUCUCAGCGACGGCAUCCUUACUGCCUCAGCCUCGACGCCGGCGCCAACUGCUGCAACGGUCUAUUACUGACCGGGGCGCUAGACAAGGACAAGAGCGCCACGGAACAAACGUACACCGUCUCUCCAGCGACACUGUCAGACUGCCGCCGCCUCAUCGGCUCCGUGAUACCCGAGUUCCAAGUGGACUUCACCGCCACUAACCCUGUCAUCUUGGAUCAGAAACUCGCUUCUAGACUGUAGAUUACUUUUAAAAGAUUAUUGGUUGCCAUAAGCGUGCUGUUCAGAGGGGGCCCACUCCGCGCUUCUUACGUACAUCCGGUUGCGGUGCCGGCGCACUUCAUACAGUUUGACGACUUUGCCGCCACUCAAUAGAACUCAACGUCGGCUGAUCGCGUGCGGUCCGUUGACAGAUCCAUUGACAGUGAGCCUUCUGUACUUGUAUUGUACUAUGAUACGUGUUACAUUUUGCCAUACAAUCAGUCCCGCGGUAUAUGUAGAUAUUUGUUUUACAGAGGGGCACAAGUGUUAGCCUCUCGAUACCCGAGCAAGCGACUGAUUUCAAAAUUGAAACAAAAGCGUGUUUCACCUAAGCUUGUCUGUCAAAGACAUGAUUAAUAUUGAAGCCAUAAACAUUAUGGUGCCAUAAGCGCGCUAUCUAAUGCAGUGUAGCGGUAUAAAAAUUAAGUACAAUUUAUGGGGCGAAUUGUGCCUAUAUUAGAUUAUGUGGACAUAGGUGAUAUUCAGAAAUUAGGAUACAUUGUCCUUAAUUUUUGGAACUAGAAACAAUUUUUGUUUUUCUCUUUGUAUGAUCUAGUUCGCAUUUUUAUAAAUAAACAGUAGAGUAUAGAGGUAUUUUUCUGUUGUUGUGUAAAUUGAGAAUGACUUGCUCGAAAAUUAAGGCUUGUAACGUAAAUAUUGGUGAUAUUUUUUAAGUACUAGCUUUAAACCUGUUAUAAAAUUGAGUUGCCGUAUUAUGUUUAUAAAAAAUGUAGGUAUUAUGAAUUAUUUGUGAUUUAAGUAUUAAUAGUACAAGUUGUGUAUUUAACUUACAGGGCGACUAAUCAAAGCUGGCAAAAACUACUAUUAUAUUAGUGUUCGCCAAAGUCUGUUAAAAUCUGCAGUUGUCAGCCAGUUUAUUCCAUUUACGCUAUUAUUUGGUCUUUACAAAAUGUCAUUCCAAAACGUUAUAGUAUUAAAUGAACUCCCGUAACCCGUAAGAUUCAGCCAUUAAAAUGUAUUGAUAAUGAAUUACUAAAAAUGUGACUGUGACUGAAAUCUACUAAAUUACGAAAAUAAUGUGUGUAAAUGUAUUUCAGUGGGAUUCAAGCAGAGAAAAUAAUGUUUUUCUCGCCAUGUAACGUGACAAUUAGAAAUUGAUAUUUUGUAGGUUUAAGUUUAUACACUGUUGACCUGCCAUCGAAAUUGACAAAACGUAUUAUCCAAAAUGUACCAUUCUUCUGUCUUUUCAACUGUUUUUAGGUACAGUCAACAAGCAAAGAUUGUGGCACGGUUGACAUGGUGGGGAUAGAUGGUGGCUUGAGCCACUGUACCUGCUAUUCUACCGAGCCACUGUUUCCUCCUUGACCCUUAGUAUAAUUAUGUUAUAGCUGCCAGUCAACGUAUUAUUUAAAUUAUAAUUCAGUAUUUUAACAAGUUGAUGCCGUAAUAUGCAUUGUAAUAGAAACGAUAAUGUUCUCUCGAACAAAUAUAAUAGAUUUGAUUUAUUAACAACAGUGCUUCGUCACUGUGCCAACUUGCCUAGUCACGUAAUAUAUUUAACGGUUUAUGUUGUUUUAAAUAUAAUGGUGUUGAUAAUUUAUUAUUUCAAUAAACAUAUAAACAAG